AUGAAUACACGCAACGCCAAAACGCGCCAAUUGGAGAACCAACUUCAAAUGGCGCUUCAAGAACUUAAGGCGUUAAAGGAGCAGUGUGAGCUAUUAAUUAAAGAAAGGGAUGACAAUGAAAAGGAAAUAAUAAAUAUAAUUGCUAAAAAUACUAAACUAAAAAGUGACAUGGUUAAGUUGCAUAAAGAAUAUACAUUUGUUACAAAAGAAAGGGAUCAACUUCAGAGAACGGUCGAUGAGUUUGACCAAUGCAGCAAGGAAUAUGAGGAAUCCCUCAAAUUAAUUGCUGCAUUGCAGUUACAGUUAAGUGAGGCUAAUGAGCAGAUUGUGCAAUUAAAACAUUACAUAGAUAACAUGAAAGCGUCCCAAACUCAAAGUCUGUUCAACGAGCUCAUAGAGUGUGAAUCUACUAAAUCUAAAGCAUUGCAACCCUCCACAACAAUCGAUUUGACUGGUGAUGAUUAUGUCAUAUCAAGAACAGCAGUAAGGACUACCUGCAGUAGAAGAAAAUUAAAGAAAUAUAUAAAAAUUAAUAAAUAUAUUAGAAAACUACAAAAAUUAAUUAAAACUAAAAUUAAUGUUAAAAAUUAUAUAAAUGUAUGCAAAGAAAAGCAAGAACUAAUUAGUAAACUUAAAAUAUAUUCAAUUGAGGUGGAAAAUAUGAAUCACUGUUAUGAGACUGAUAUAGAAUGUCUAAAUUCAACAAUUUUAUCACUUAAAAGCUCUCUAGAAAUUGUAUCAAAUAAAUAUGCAUCGGCUCAAGAUGAGAUAAAAGAACACAUAUUGGCCAUGAAUGAUCUGGUAAAAUCAUGUGAAUAUAAUGAGGAGCGCUUUGACUCCUUAAUAAAAAAUCAGAGUGAGUAUCAGCGCUCCAUACCAGGUUCAUCGGGGACAAUAUGUGUAAAUAACAAAGUUAACACCAAGGACUUGGCUACACAGACAUCUGCUUCUUUUGAGCAGUGUAAUGACUUAAUAUGCAAUUUGGAAUCAGUUCCAAGUAAUUUAAAUUAG